AUGUCUGCGGCUCAGGUUGGACGUAGCGACGGUGUGUGGGAAGUGCCCUCGCCUGACACUUCGCGUGACUCUCAGCCACCUCGACUUGCACACGGUGCGGGUGGCCUCGCCACGAGAUGCACUUCGACACAUCCAAAGAGCGAACUUCAGCCCCACCUAGACACAAUUCACCGAGAGUUGGAGGAACUGAAGCAUCGUCGUGAGCGGCUGGAAGCGCAACGGAAGGAGCUGCUCGAGGGAAGGCACGAGCAGGCGGAGGGACAGCGAACGGGAUGCGUUUCGGGCAGCGUGUCGACGCAUGCGCGGGUAGCGAGGUCGCAAUCAACUUCCGGUCUUACCUUCGCACACCCCCGCAGCGAGAUGGAGUCGCUCACCGCCUGCUCCGGAUUGCACGCAGCGCAUGAACGCCAUUCUAAAAGUGUCUAUCGAGACUCACUUGUGCUUGCCAACAUGAAGCCCAUUCCAUCCGAAAAGGAGCGGCGAUGUCUGUUGAAGACAACACCACACCUUGCCGUCAAGAACGCGCUGCGCACGGCAGCCCAGCACGACAGCACGCUACUCAUGGGAUCUUUUUUACUGGAAGACAACCCGCACACGUGCACCUUUGGACGAGAGCGUCGCUUCCGUCCUUUGCUUGGCCACCAAGGAAAGUACUUCCUUAGUGCGGACGUUGCCGUGAACCAGUUUAUGAACCGCAGCCACGCAAACUCGACGGCAUCGCUGAGUGCAUUGGGCAGCUCUAGCCAGACGCCCGGCCCAGGUGCCUACACACCACGAUACAGUAAGCUGUCGCGUCCGCCGCGCUCUUCCUAG